CACUUAGUUCUUACUCUCUAACUGACAUUUGUGAUUCAAAGUGUAUCUAUAAAAUAGUCUGUAUGGCAUCUAGAGAAUUAUCGACUGUUGAGAUUGUGAAUAUUGAACAAUCAAAUGAAAGGAAUCGUGAGCCACGUUGGGAACCAGAUGAGGAAGGUAUUGGUGCAGGAGGUGUCAUACUGUUCAUUCUCAUAACUAUCCUAUUCAUUUGUACAUUUCCAAUAACAAUAUUUUUUGCAAUUCGUACAGUCAAAACAUACGAACGAGCUAUUAUUUUACGUUUUGGUCGUUUGAAACGAUCUGGUGGAAAAUAUGUUUUAGGUGCUGGAUUACAGUUUGUCAUGCCAUGCGCAGAUCAAAUGAUUCGCAUAGAUUUGCGUACAAAGACUGUGAACAUACCACCACAAGAGAUAUUGACAAGUGAUGCAGUUACUGUCGGUGUAGAUGCUGUUGUAUUCAUGCGUGUGAUUGAACCAGCUGCCGCUUUAUUAAGAGUUGAAAAUGCAGCCAAAUCAGCUGAACUACUGGCAGUUACUGCGUUGCGUUCAGUACUGGGAACAUAUGAAUUAUCUCAAUUAUUGACAAAUCGUGACCAGAUUGAUUCCAAGCUGGCCAUUUUACUGGACCAGGCUACAGGUGAAUGGGGAAUUAAGGUGGAACGAGUUGAAAUUAAAGACGUUUCAUUGCCUCAAGAAAUGCAACGAGCCAUGGCGGCAGAAGCACAAGCUGUUAGAGCUUCUAAAGCUAAAGUGAUAGCAGCACAAGGUGAAUUAGAAGCAUCGUCGACAUUAAGAAAAGCUGCUGAGGAAAUGGCUAGAUCACCAACUGCCUUACAAUUACGUUAUUUGCAAACAUUGGCCACGAUCGCAACAGAACAAAAUUCAACAAUUGUAUUUCCGUUACCCAUAGAACUACUUCAAAGUUUCUUAUCAAAAAAACAAUCGUAAUUGAUGCUCUAUUAUUUUUCGACUGUGUGUACCUAUGACCGUAUGUAGGUCUCCCAAUCCAUAUCUAUUGUACCUACUUUCAAGACAAUAAUCAAGCGAGCAAAUUAACACUGAUAUCUUGCUGUGAAGACUGAACGUUUUUAAAUAAUUAAUCACUGAGAAAAAUUUGUGAGCAAAUAUUAUUACUGUAUUUUCUUCAAAAUCUGAAAUAUUCGCAUAAUUAUUAUGACUUUUAUACUGUG